AUGGGUACCAUGAGUGGUGUCACGCCUAUUGCGCACCCGGCGCCGGAGCUGGACAUCAUCACAAAGCAGCAGAUGCGCAACCCAUCUAUCUCCAGCAUCGAGAAGCCCCAAGUCCAAGAGCGAGUAUGGGGCUUCGAUGCCCGUACCGACAGCACAGUGUCGUACGAGGAGUACACUUACUGGGCCAAGAUCGAGCGUGAAAUGGAGAUCGAAGAGAACAAGGUCUUCCAGGCUCAGCACCCGUCCCCUCUUUGGGAUCAGAUCAAGAGCACCUUCUCCAAGAACGGUCGAGAGAGGAUGAAGGCAGAAAAGGCAGAACGACUCCAGACCCUGGAGCAUCUCCACGAGAAGCAGCCCGGCGGUGUCGUUACCGAGUCCAGUGGCAAUGCGCCUGUCGAUUCUGGUCUGAAGGUCUCUGAUGCAGAGUGGCGUACUGCUGCACGCGCUCUCCGCACUGCUAGCUGGGGACAGAUGUUCUUCCUGAUCACCACCGAUAUUCUCGGCUGGUCUGGUGCUCCGUUCGUCUUUGCUAGCGUCGGCUACGGCACUGGUGUCGCGCUGUACCUGAUUUUCGGUAUCUUCGCUGCUUGGGGUGGAUGGGUCAUCUGGAAGACCUACCUCGAUCUGGAUUCUUCUCGGUACCCCAUGCAGAGUUUUGGCGAUCCGUUCCUGCGCUUGUUCGGCAAGAGGGCUCGUCAUUUCAUCAACAUUGCACAAUCUCUCCAGCAAUUCUGUACCGUGGCCAUCUUGAUCUUCAGCAAGUCUCUCAACAUUGAACAAAUCGCCAAGGGCAAGGUCUGCUUCGUCGGGAUGAUGCUUGUCAUCAUGGCUGUCGGCAUGCUUGGUGGACUUGUUCGAAGUCUGAAAAAGAUCGGCUGGAUCGCGAACGCUGCUGUCUGGAUGAACAUCGUCAACUUCAUCAUCUGCAUGGUCGCCGCGUCUCACUUUGCACCAUACUACCCAGCGAUCACCAAGUCCACCCUCAUCAAGGAGAUUGGCCCCAUCAAGACUUUCGCUGGCAUCCCUCCCGAUAUCUACCAGCAGCAGGCUCCUGGCUUCGCUGCGACCUUCAACGCCGUCAACACCAUGGUGUACGCAUAUGCCGGCGCCUUGCUGUUCGUCGCCUUCCUCGCCGAGAUGCGCCACCCUCUGGACUUCUGGAAGGGCAUGUUGCUCGCCCAGGCCUUCAUCUGCAUCGUCUACAUGUUCUUCGGCGUGUACAUGUAUGCUUUCUACGGCCAGUACUCCGCCGGCAACAUUGUCAACGUCGUCCAGCCGUACGGUCUGCAGCAGACCGCAGGCAACGUACUGCGUCUCCUCUCCGGUUGGAUCGCCAUCAUCAUGUACUUCAACAUCGGCAUGAAGACCGUCUACCUCGAGGUCUUCCAAGCGAUCUUCAACUUCCCCUCCAUCACCACGAAGAAGGGUCAAUGGCUGUGGUUCGGCCUCGGUCCAUUGUACUGGAUCCUCGCUUUCGUCGUUGCCGGCGCUGUGCCCAACCUCAACGGUAUCGUCAGCUUGGUCGGUGCCGUCUUCAUGAUGAACUUCACCUACACCUUCCCCGGCAUGAUGUACCUCAGCACCAUCGUCCACAAGGCCGCCGAGCUCCCUGGUGAGGGCUUCAACCCGGCGACUCGAGAAACUAUCCGCCACGACAGUGGCUUGAAGCGCUGGAUGCGUGGAUAUACCAAGACUUGGUUCAGGAGCACCAUCGCCUUCAUCUACAUCCUAUUGGGUCUUGCCUGCUGCGGUAUGGGUACUUGGGCCGCUAUCGAGGGUCUGAUCGCUGUGUUCGGUCCCGGUGGCACUGUCGCUGUUAGCUUCGGCUGCCCUGUGCCUGUGUAA